ACAUUCGACUUGUCACUGAGUCGUAUUAUUAUGAUUUCGAAUUUUCAGUAAAUAUAGUAGCGGCUCGUAGCGGAGAGCUCUUAGUUCUACAAUUUUCUCUUUGAGUCGCCACUGUCUAAUGAAGAUACAACUUUGCGAUUGUAACCCUGCGAUUAGUCAGACGUAAUUUUUCAAGUAGUAUAACUCAGUGACAAAGUAGUGAACCAUCGGUUGUCAAAUACGAUGUAGCGUCUAUAGCUGUCAUUGUGGUGGAUUGUUGCAGAAAAUACUGCAUAUAACUGAUAAAAUUAUAAAAUAAUCAUGUCAUCGACAUAUUUGACGGGAGGCAGAUUAAAUGUCGGACUUAUACAAGAACAAGCAAGAAAACGAUUACUUUGUUUGUUGGAGAAGUGCGAUGGUCCGAAAGCUAUUAUAUGGGAUCAGUCAUUAGCCGGACCAAUUGGUCUUGUGGCAAAAUAUAACUUGUUAGAAGAAUAUGGUGUUGUAAAAAUGUAUCCAUUAUAUGGUGGAACUUUGACAAUACCAUCCAAUAUCGCCAAUAUCAUAUUCAUAUCAAGACCACAAUUAGAACUUAUGGAUUUAAUAGCAGAGAAUAUUCGUGGGGAGGAAGAUAAAAAGCCACGUAAAGAAUUUCACUUAUUUUUUGUGCCACGCAAGAGUCUGCUUUGUCAAAAAAAGCUUCAGAACCGUGGUGUGUUUGGCAAUUUUACUUUAAUAGAGGAAUUUAAAUGUGACCUCUUCCCAUUCGAUAAUGACUUACUAUCAAUGGAACUGAGCAAUUCUUUCAAAGAAUUUUACUUGGAAAAUGAUCCUACCUGUUUAUAUCAAGUUGCACAAGCUAUACAAGGCUUGCAAAGGUUGUAUGGAAAAAUUCUGAAAGUUACAGGCAGAGGGCCAGCUGCUAGUAAAGUUUGGGAACUAUUAGAGAGAUUAAAUAGAGAAGAAGAAGACAGUAAGACAAUUCCUGUCUCCUCUGUUGCCAUUGAACAUUUGUUACUAUUGGAUCGAUCUGUAGAUUUGCUUUCACCGUUAGUUACACAGUUGACGUACGAAGGUUUAAUCGAUGAAAUAUUUGGAAUAAAAUACAAUACUGUGCAGUUACCUGCAAAAAAGUUUCAUGAUUCCGACGAUUCUCCCACAGCGAUGUCGUUGAAUGAAAAAGAACAAAUUAUAUUGAAUUCUGGAGAAGAACUUUUCGCUGAGAUCAGAGAUAAAAAUUUCAAUGGUGUUGGACCAGUUCUCAGUAGGAAAGCCAAAGUAAUUUCGUCUCAAUUUGACGAAAGACAUGGAGACAAGAGUGUGCAAGAAAUCAAACAAUUUGUCGCGAGACUACCGCACAUGUUAGCCACCAAGCAAUCUUUAGCAAGACACACUACAAUCGCAGAAAUGAUAAAGGAAGUUACUGACUCGAGCAGCUUUUUGGAAUCAUUGCAAGUCGAACAAGAACUAUUGAAUUGCAUUGAUACGGACAAACCGAAUGCUUACAUUGAGGACAUGAUAGCGCAGCAACAACCGUUACUGAAAGUUUUACGUCUUCUUUGCAUACAGUCGUUGACGAAUUCUGGUUUAAAACCGAAGUUGUUGGAUUAUUACAAGAGAGAGAUAAUACAUACUUACGGGUUCCAGCAUUUGCCGACCAUAUUAAAUUUAGAGAAAGCCGGAUUGCUGAAGCAGCAACAGUCGGUACGACAAUACGCAGUUUUGAGGAAGGCAUUGAGACUUACAGUUGAGGAUGAAAGUGAAAUAACGCCAAAAGAUAUCAGUUACGUACAUUCCAUAUAUGCGCCAUUGAGUGUAAGAUUAGCGGAGCAACUGAUACAACCGAGUGGAUGGCAAGGUUUAAACGAUGUGAUGGGGUUACUGGCAGGUCCUACUGUAAGCAAUGUUCCAUACAAUAUGCAAUCUUCAUUAAUGAGACGAAACUCCAUCACCAGCGAAGACUCCAGUUCUGAGCCACCGAAAUUGAUCAUGAUAUUCUUUAUCGGAGGAUGUACUUUCGCUGAAAUAUCCGCCCUUCGAUUUCUGUCGCAGCAGGAGGAUUUGAAUGUCGAAUUUGUCGUGGGAACCACUAGAUUGAUCAACGGUGAUACGUUUCUCACUUCUCUAAUGGAGGAUCUAGAGCAGACGUAAUGAAGAUACUAAAUGUAUCCGAAUAUCAAAUACAUAAUUUUUAUUGCUGGAAUAAAUCGAGAAUAAAGCGAAGAUUCUACCUAACAGUA